UUAAUAUCCAAAAUAAAUGGAUACCAUCCGGCUUCAUCUUAUGAUAUUAACUAAUAUUAUAACUAAUAUUAUAAUAUAAGAUUAACUAAUCUAACGCAUUAAGCAAGUUCUUUAAUCAAAUAAAUAUUAACCAACUAAUUUUAGAAAUGACACUCACUCUGUAAGAAUAAAUGAAGAUUUACAAUUUCUACUCAAAAAUGAAGUUUUAUGCGAUGUUAUAUUUGAAGCUGAUGAUGGUAAAAUUGUUAUUGGCAUAAAAAUGUUUUAAUAUAUUAAGCUAGUCCAUAUUUCCAUGCAAUGUUUAGUAAUUUUGAUGAAAUAGAUUAUAUCUAUACUGAAGAAAUUAUGGCCACAAAAGAAAAUGACCAGGUAGAUUAUGUUAGCAGUGCAUGUGCUGAGUUUUUACGAAAACAACAGGAUAUAUCAAAUUGUAUUAAUAUCAAAGCAUUUGCUAACUUACAUAACUAUACGGGAUUGUUGUCAAGUUCUGAAGCAUUUAUUAAACAACAUUUUUCAGAAGUAGCUAAAGCCGAAGAUUUUCUAUUCUCAUCUUCUGGAGACUUGGUGAAGCUUAUUUCCUCUAAUGACUGCUGUUCCAUUUGAAGAAAAAUAGGAUUGUUUUAUGCUACUGGUCACAAUUUGAUUAUGGAGUACUUUUACAAUCAUAAACGGUCAUGUGAAUACAAAUAAGUCAAUUGACUGCCUCACCUCAACUAUGUCAAACUAUGUAAACAACUAGUAUACAUUACUAAAUUGUACAUUAUACAUUACUAAUUUUAAUUUGUACAAAAAUAUCUUAAUGGCUGUAAUAUUGAUUAAAUGUUAGAUUUUUUACAGAUAUUUUAAAUAAUAUUUAAUAAAAAACAUUUAAAAUUAUAAACAACUAACAAGUAAAACUUAAUGUAUAAAAACUAUACAGUAUUUUUUUUUUUUAUAUAAGGUAACAAGCCAGAUAUAUUAUAUGAAUUAAUUUAUAUUAUGUUGUUUUUAAUUUAAUAAUUAAAGGCUGAAUUGAAAUGAAAUGAAUUGUAAAUAAUAAGUUUCCUAAUUA